AACUUAUACCAUGUUUCUCUUUCCAUUACCAUUAUACAAUUACAACAAUAUUCGUUACACUUAUACUUAGACUUACACUUAUCCUUAAAUACAAUUACAAAUUUAAAUCUUAUUCAUAAUGUCGCUACAUGAAUCAACUACCAACACACCUGUUAAUUCAAAUGUCUUAGGAAAAGAUGAAGAGCCAAUCGUUGAAUUGCCUCAAAAGGGCUUCAAGGAUUAUAUUUUAAUUUCCUUGUUCUGUUUAUUAGUCGCCUUUGGUGGUUUCGUCUUCGGUUUCGAUACUGGUACCAUCGGUGGUUUCUUAAACAUGACUGAUUUCCAAGAAAGAUUCGGUCAAAUCAACUCAGAAGGUGAACACUACAUCUCAACUGUCAGAACUGGUUUAAUUGUUUCCGUCUUCAACAUUGGUUGUGCCAUUGGUGGUAUCUUCUUGUCUAAGAUCGGUGAUAUGUUCGGUAGAAGAAUCGGUUUAAUGUUCACUAUGGUUGUCUACGUCGUCGGUAUCAUCGUCCAAAUUUCUUCCCAACGUCAAUGGUAUCAAUUUAUGAUUGGUCGUAUCAUCACUGGUUUAGCUGUCGGUACCGUCGCUGUCUUAUCUCCAUUAUUCAUUUCUGAAACUGCUCCAAAGACUUUAAGAGGUCCAUUAGUCUGUUGUUUCCAAUUAUGUAUCACUUUAGGUAUCUUCAUUGGUUACUGUGUCUGUUUCGGUACUAAAGAUUUAUCUGACUCAAGACAAUGGAGAGUUCCAUUAGGUUUAUGUUUCUUAUGGGCUAUCUUCUUAGUUACUGGUAUGGUCUUCAUGCCUGAAUCUCCAAGAUACUUAGUUGAAAAACAAAAGAUUGAAGAAGCUAAGAGAUCCAUCUCUAGAUCCAACAAAGUCGACCCUGAAGAUCCAUUUGUCUACAGUGAAAUCGAAUUGAUUCAAGCUGGUAUUGACAGAGAAGCUCUUGCUGGUUCCGCCUCAUGGACUGAAUUGAUUACUGGUAAGCCAGCCAUCUUCAGAAGAGUCAUCAUGGGUAUUAUGUUACAAUCCUUACAACAAUUAACAGGUAUCAAUUACUUCUUCUACUAUGGUACUACCAUUUUCCAAGCUGUCGGUUUAGAAGAUUCCUUUGAAACUUCCAUCAUCUUAGGUACUGUUAACUUUGCUUCCACUUUCGUCGGUAUCUACAUCAUUGAAAGAUUAGGUAGAAGAGUUACUUUAUUAGGUGGUUCUUUCUGGAUGUUCGUCUGUUUAUUGAUCUACGCUUGUAUUGGUUCUUUCAGAUUAUUCAAGGAUGGUAACUACACUGGUGCUGACACUUACGAAGCUUCCGGUAAUGCUAUGAUUUUCAUCACUUGUUUAUACAUCUUCUUCUUUGCUUCUACCUGGGCUGGUGGUGUCUACACUAUUAUCUCCGAAUCUUAUCCAUUAAGAAUCAGAUCCAAGGCCAUGGCUGUCGCCACUGCAUUCAACUGGUUAUGGGGUUUCUUAAUCUCAUUCUUCACUCCUUUCAUCACUGAAAGAAUCCACUUCUACUUCGGUUUUGUCUUUGCUGGUUGUUUAUUAUUCUCUCUCUUCUAUGUCUAUUUCUUCGUUUCUGAAACUAAAGGUUUAACUUUAGAAGAAGUCGAUCAAUUAUACGCUGACAGAGUUGCUCCAUGGAAAUCUUCUUCAUGGAAACCACACACUGGAGAUGAAGCUGUUGAAGCUUAGAUAGUUUAAAAAAUAAUGAUUAAUGAUCUCUUAAAAUUAAUAUAACAUAUAGAUAGUUCAAUAUAUUUUCCAGUAAUAAAUUUUGUUAUUAAUUUUGCA